AACAGCCGGAAUGGCGAAUCGCACCGUGAAAGAAGCAAAAAAUGUGCACGGUACAAAUCCGCAAUACCUUAUAGAAAAAAUCAUCCGCUCGCGCAUUUAUGAUUCCAAAUACUGGAAGGAGCAAUGCUUUGCGCUCACCGCCGAGCUCCUGGUGGAUAAAGCCAUGGAGCUACGUUUUGUUGGUGGUGUCUACGGCGGUAACAUCAAACCCACACAGUUUCUGUGCCUGACUCUAAAAAUGCUCCAGAUUCAACCGGAGAAAGACAUCGUUGUGGAGUUCAUAAAGAACGAGGAGUUCAAGUAUGUGCGUGCGUUAGGUGCCUUCUAUUUGCGCCUGACAGGCGCCGCCAUCGAUUGCUACAAAUACUUAGAGCCGUUAUAUAUUGACAAUCGCAAGUUGCGGCGGCAGAAUCGGGCCGGUCAAUUUGAGAUCGUCUACAUGGACGAAUAUAUUGACGAGCUUUUGCGGAAUGAUCGUGUGUGCGAUAUAAUACUACCACGCAUACAAAAGCGCAGCAUACUGGAGGAGAAUAAUGAGCUGGAGCCGAAAGUCUCGGUGUUGGACGAAGACCUGGACGAUGAAGUUCCCAGCGACGAUGAGCAAAAGGAGGCGGAAGAUGAGGAUAAAAGCCGCUUGAAGAAUAGUGCGACGACUGUGCUGCGUCGUCCAAGGCAUGCAAGGUCCCGCAGCCGUGAAAACCCGUCAGGUGUUGGUAGUAGUGGCAACGCACGGCGCGAUUAUUACGAUGAUUUGGAGGACUACGACAAGCAGCGAAAUCGCGCGCGGAUCGGAUAUAAUGACAACAGAGGGCGUCAUGAAAACCGACAUGAGCGUGACCGAGAGAGAAUGCGCGGACGUGAGCGUGAACGCGAGCGCGAUCGUGAAAGGGAGCAUAGAGACAAAGAUCGGGAAAGAAUGCGAGGAGGUCGCUACGAGCACCGAGAAAGGGACUCGCGCAACGAACGUGACCAUCGCCGUUAUUAAAUGUAGAGGCCCGUUAGUCUUAAGGACACUUUUAAUAAACCAAAAUAUAAACUGCA